AGCAAGGUGUGGUGUGAGCAUUAAGUUCGGGGUCUGAAUAGCACUUGUAUGCGUAUAUAUAAUUUAAAUGCUGUAAACAUUUUAACCAUGAACAUAAUUAAGGUGUUGUAACGGGGUAGCCUUGAGAGAGUAGGCGUUGGAAUCAUUUCAUCUUCAAAGCAAAUCGCAAUUUCCCCGAAACACUAUGCAGAUCCACUCUGCUCUCUUCAAUUCAUAAUUUGCGUGCUAGCUAAGUCUUUCCUCUCAAAUUUACAAAUCCUAAACACUCCUCCAACCAGAUCUAGGGUUAGGGUUUCAGAUCUCGGCAUUUUCACUCUGAUCGCCCUCGUAUUGAUGCAAUUGUAUACGAUUUGGCCUUCCUUUUGAAAUGUCCAUGAAGUCAGCGCAGUCGUCUUACCGCGAUCGAACGCAAGAGUUUCUGAACGUUGCCGAGAGGCUCAAGAAGUCAUUCUCUUCGGCUGCGCCGAAUGCGGUGACCAGUAGUGGCGCGAAGCCCGACGGAACGCGAUCUUCGCUCGCUAUUCAGAAGGAAUUCAAAGACAGGGCUUCGCGGAUUGGAUAUGGGAUUCAUCAGACCUCGCAGAAGCUCGCCAAGCUAGCGAAAUUGGCAAAGAGGACAUCAGUUUUUGAUGAUCCAACAAUGGAGAUCCAAGAAUUGACAGCUGUUGUCAAGCAGGAUAUUACUGCACUAAAUGCAGCUGUAGUGGACCUACAACUCCUUUGUAACUCCCAAAAUGAAAGUGGCAACAUCUCAAGCGACACAACCUCCCAUUCAACAACAGUUGUAGAUGACUUAAAAAAUCGCUUGAUGAGCGCGACAAAGGAGUUCAAAGAUGUUCUCACCAUGCGAACAGAGAAUUUAAAGGUUCAUGAGAACAGAAGGCAGUUGUUUUCUUCAACUGCUUCAAAAGAGUCCACAAAUCCUUUUGUUCGCCAGCGUCCAUUGGCUGCAAAAUCAACUGCUACUGCAUCAUCAUCCCCUCCUCCUUGGGCCAAUGAAUCUUCAUCCUCAUCUCCCCUCUUUCCAAGGAAACAGGGAAAUGUGGAAUCUCAACCAUUGCUGCAGCAGCAGCAGCAACAACAACAGUUGGUUCCUCUGCAAGACAGUUACAUGCAGAGCCGAGCUGAAGCUCUUCAAAAUGUGGAGUCAACCAUUCAUGAGCUUAGCAACAUCUUCACACAACUGGCUACUAUGGUUUCACAGCAAGGAGAGCUUGCAAUCAGGAUUGAUGAGAACAUGGAGGAUACACUGGCAAACGUGGAAGGAGCACAGGGACAACUGGUCCGGUACCUUAACAGCAUAUCAUCCAAUCGAUGGUUGAUGAUCAAGAUAUUCUUUGUAUUGAUUGUAUUUCUUAUGAUUUUCUUAUUUUUUGUGGCAUAAGAAUAUUUUUAAAAAAUAGGAAAAUAAAGGGAACAAUAGAGCAUUUCCUUUUUUACUUUUUGCAAUUGCUCCUUCAUAGAAAAUGGGGAAUGCCCUCCAAGAAAAAAGUGUUAUACUUUAUCUAAGAAAAAGAGGUCAAAUUUUGAUGUGCCGAUGCUCCUAAUUAGAGAGGUUGUCAUCCUAUUAUUGAAAAAGUGGGAGCCAUCAUCAUCAUUAUCAUUGGUAUUAUUAUCAUUGACAAAUGAAUCUGAUGGUGUAAAUUCUGUUUCCUGUUCAAUGACAUUGUUUUUGCCUCGUUUUUUCUCGGCAAUAUAUGGAGAGUUGGACUCUGCUUGCUUA